CAUUGGGCACGGGGGUGAGGGCAAGUUAUCUCACUACUGUUUUUUUCCCGCCCUUCUUCCGUCUCCCUAGGUGGGCCAGGGCCCAUCCGCGUCCCUGGGAUACCAGCCUUGUGCUCUGAGACUCAGAAGGGCUGCGGGAAACAUUCCUACAGCCCAUUUAAGUGGGGGAAAUUGGACCUAACUCCCGACUGCUCCCCGUCACCCGGCAGGAGAGCCGGGCGGGGGCAGGGGCCACCGGAGCGUGGGGCGGGGUCAAGGGUCAGAGGGCGGUGAAGGGGGCGGAGUCAGCGGCGGGCGGAUGGCGGUGGCCGCCGCUUCUCCGCGGUGCUGAAGCAGUAACGCGGAACGAGGGCGCUCGGCGGCGGCAAGCGAGUAGCAGCUGCUCCCAAGAUGCACAGCCUGGCGACCGCCGCGCCUGUGCCUACAGCAUUGGCCCAGGUGGAUAGAGAGAAGAUCUAUCAGUGGAUCAAUGAGCUGUCCAGUCCGGAGACGAGGGAAAAUGCUCUCCUGGAGCUCAGUAAAAAGCGCGAAUCUGUUCCUGACCUUGCCCCCAUGUUGUGGCACUCUUUUGGUACUAUUGCAGCUCUCUUACAGGAAAUUGUAAAUAUUUACCCAUCUAUCAAUCCACCUACCUUGACUGCCCAUCAAUCUAACAGAGUUUGCAAUGCUUUGGCACUACUGCAAUGUGUGGCAUCACACCCAGAAACGAGGUCAGCAUUUCUUGCAGCCCAUAUCCCCCUCUUCUUGUAUCCCUUUUUGCACACGGUCAGCAAGACUCGUCCCUUUGAAUAUCUUCGUCUCACCAGCCUUGGAGUUAUUGGGGCCCUGGUCAAAACAGAUGAACAAGAAGUAAUCAACUUCUUAUUGACGACAGAAAUUAUCCCUUUAUGUUUGCGCAUUAUGGAAUCUGGAAGUGAACUUUCCAAAACGGUCGCCACAUUCAUCCUUCAGAAGAUUCUCCUGGAUGACACUGGAUUGGCCUAUAUAUGUCAGACAUAUGAACGCUUCUCCCAUGUCGCCAUGAUCUUGGGUAAGAUGGUCCUGCAGCUGUCCAAGGAACCUUCUGCCCGUCUGCUGAAGCAUGUGGUCAGAUGUUACCUUCGCCUUUCAGAUAACCCCAGGGCUCGUGAAGCACUCAGGCAGUGCUUGCCUGACCAGCUGAAAGAUACCACCUUUGCCCAGGUGCUCAAAGAUGACACCACCACAAAGCGCUGGCUCGCACAGCUGGUGAAAAACCUGCAGGAAGGCCAGGUCACCGACCCCCGAGGCAUCCCCCUGCCCCCUCAGUGACCUUCCCCAUUCCCUCCCACUGUCCCCCCAGCCUGGGGAAAGUGAGGGAGAACCAUCGAGGAAAGCCUCUCAGGUUUUACCGCUGACCUCAACGCCAAACCGUACUGGAGAAAAGGGACAAACCCCACUGAGGCAUACGGGUGCCAACCUGGACUACCCUGAAGAUCUGGCCUCUCAUUCUGCUGCUCUGAGGAAUGGGUUCCCCUCCCAGCACCCCUCCUAGCCUAGGGUGGGUUGCAACACCAGCAAAUGCAGUAAUACAGCAUGCCCAAGACUACCCUCCCUUACAUUCUCCUGUUCUCUGACGGGGAGGGGAUACAGUAACAGCAGCUGCAGCAUAGGGCAUGGUGGAUGCCUGGGACCAAGCCAUGUGGCAUUUCCCAUUUUUGCCUUCCUAUAAGACUUGAGACAUGUCUCAUCAUUCUGUCUCAGUGGUGUUUUUUGUUCUUUUUUCCCUCAAGGAGAGAGCUGUGUAUAUAGUGGGCACAGACUGAGAUGUUCAGCAAACCUUGUCACUUGGUACUGUUUACAAAUCUUUUAGCUACACAAGCUAAGUUUAAAAGAUUGUCCAGGCGUUAAUCGCAUCCCCUUUGGCAAGCCAGUUAUAAGCUGCUUUGAGCCGUUUGGAGGUAGGGGAAGCGUGGGAGGGGGUGAGAAACAAGGGAAAAGCCCAAAGACAGUAGAAGCCCACCACCAUUAUUGCUCCCUAACCCUAACCUUGACUGCUGCUGCUGCCUGCCUGCCUGCCCACCCACCUCUCUCCGUCCCCUCCAUUGAUAGGCCUUGUUUCUCACUUCAGCUGCUGUGUCUUCUCAUGUCCUUCUCAUUUUCUGUUCUCUUGUAAGAGACUGUCCUUGGACUGGAGGGUGUGCAAACAGUCCUGGCCCCCGUUCUCAAGCUUUUCCUGGACUUUCCCCUUGGAAUGCUUUGUAAUAGGGUGAAGGUUGAGUUGGAGGGGCCUGGGCACAUUUCUGUAGCUCCCGUUGCCUCACUGUUCUACUUGAAUCAGUAUUAGCUAGCUGAGUCUGCUUUAUAGCUAUAUCAAGGGCAGGGCCCCAUGUGCUUGAUCCUUUGUCCCCCUUGGCACAUUCCCUUUUUGCCUGGGAAUUACAGGGUUGCCAUUAAAAGAUUAUUUUCCUAUUCAUACAGUGAAAAAAAAAAAUCCCAAACCCCUUUCCCUCUCUGCCUCUUGUGCCGAAGUGGCUGGGCUUCCGCUUUGGUGGUAAGUUUGAAGCCUCAGCCUAAUGCCCAGACAGGUGAAGGGCCCCUCCAUAUUCCUAUCCAAUGUAGGUUGAUAAUAUCCCCCAAACCUAGAGAGGGAGGGACUAGUUCUUCCCAUUUGAGAUAGCUUCGAAUAUCCAGCAGUUUGCUGGUGGGGGGCGGGGUGGAAGAAUCACAGGGGCCAGGCUCGCAAAAGUGUUUCCGAGGCAACUUUGCCAACAUAAGGGCUCUUUAAGGUCGACUUUCACAAAGGGAGCCAGCCUCAUUGGUUGGUCUCUGCCUCUUCAGACCCAACAUAGCCACCACUGGCAGACUGUAGGUUGGUUAGACGUUAUACCAGAUCCAGUGUUGGAUUCUGUGUACUUGCUAACUUGGCUACCUUCUAGAAGGGAGAGAGGGAAGCGUGCCGUGCAGAAUCCAAAUCGGAGGAAGAAAAGGGUUUGAGAAAGCCAGAGGCAUCAUGUGCUGCCUGAGCCGCCUGGCUCCAUUUGGCCCAUCAUCUACAAGGAGAGGAGGCCCAUGAGGGGAACCCCGAUCCCUGCCAACUUUACUCUUGCUGAGCCAAAGGUUUUCCACUCCCCCCUGCUGGGGAAGCCACUGAAGCCCAGGGCUUCCUGGGAAGUUGUUUUCUCUCCUGUCUUUUGGUGCAUUGGCCAUGUUACUGUGCCAAUAGUGUCUUAACUCUUGCCCCAUUUUCCCUCCCCAACCAGCCUUGGAUCCCAUAUAGGAGGCAGGGAAAAGAUGGGUAUUAUUCCUUGCAAGGUGGUUUUGAUUUCAUGUAUGUAAAGAAUACUUCAUUUUGUGUUUUUUUUCAUCCCAACAGGA